ACCCGGGGGCCUGCGUGGCUGACCGGGGUCGAGUCUCACCUGCGCUGAACGGGGCAGGUAUCUUUGCUGCGGCGUCGGUCCCGCUGUGAGUUGCACCCGCCGCGGGAGCGGAAAGGACCGCGCCAGGGGACCCCAGAAGCUGGGAAAUGCAAAAUGGCCCAGAGGAGGAUAGUCAGAGAAUCUCUCAACACACAUGGCCUUGCCAGGAACCAUAUCCACGAUGGCAGCAUCACCAGAUUUCAAAAACAUUGGGCCAUCUUCCAGCUUUUUCCAGAACGAUGAUUCGUCUUUUGCAGGACUCGGUAUCCUUUGAGGAUGUGGCUGUGAACUUCAGUCUGGAGGAGUGGGCUUUACUGGAGUCUUCACAGAAGAAACUCUACAGAGAUGUGAUGAGGGAAACCUUCCGGAACCUGGCCUCCAUAGGUAGCAAAUGGGAAGAUCUUGACAUGGAAGAUCAGUACAAAAACCAGAAGAGAAAACAAAGAAGUCGUAUGUUGGAGAGAACCUGUGAAGGGAAAAUGGUUAGUCAGUGUGGAGAAAACAUCAGCCUUAUUCCUGAUUUCAGUCUGAAGAAGAAAUCUCUUCCUGGAGGAACACGGUGUGAAUGCAGAAUGUUUGACAAAGCCUUCACAGAUCAUUCAUCUCAUAGUAGUCACACCAGCUGUCACAAUGGACAAAACUUCUCUGAGUAUCAGAGAUUUGGAGUGAAGCCAUAUAAAUGUAAUGUAUGUGGGAAAGCCUUUAGUUAUCUUCAGUGCUUUGAAAAUCAUGAAAGAACUCACUAUGGAGAGAAACCCUAUAAGUGUAAGGAAUGUGGGAAAACCUUUAUGUGGCUCAAAAUUCUUCAGAAACACAUGACCAAACAUAGUGCAGAUGCUCCUUAUAAUGGUAAGGUGUGUACGAAAACCUUUAGUUCUUCAACUUCUCUUCAGACAGGUGAGAGAACCCACUCUGGAGAGAAGGCCUAUCAAUGUGAAAAAUGUAGUAAAACAUUCAGGCAUCCCAGCCAACUUCACGUACAUGAAAGAACCCACAGUGCAGAGAAACCAUAUGAGUGUAGGAUAUGUGGAAAGGCCUUCAAAUAUUUCAAAUCCUUAGAACCACACAGAAUGACUCACACAGCAGAAAAACCCUAUAAAUGUAAGGAAUGUGGAAGAGCAUUCAGGCAUUACAGUUCCUUAGAAAUACACAAAAGAUUUCACACUGGAGAGAAGUCCUAUGAAUGUAAACACUGUGGUAAAGCUUUUAGUUAUCACAGCUCCCUUAAAGGACACAUGAAAAUGCACACAGGAAAUACUCCGUAUCAAUGUAAGGAAUGUGGGAAAGUAUUCACUCUUAUCAGAUCCUAUCGAAAUCAUGAAAGGUACCACACUGGAGAGAAGACCUAUCAAUGUGAAAAAUGUAGCAAAGCAUUCAUGUAUCCUAGUUGUCUUCGAAGACAUGAGAGAACUCACACUGAAGAGAAACCAUAUGAAUGUAGGAUAUGUGGAAAGUCCUUCAAGUAUUUCAGAUCCUUAGAACCACACAAAAUGACUCACACAGGAGAAAAACCCUAUGAAUGUAAGGAAUGUGGAAGAACAUUCAGAUACUACAGCUCCUUAGAAAUACACAAGAAAUUUCACACUGGAGAGAAGUCCUAUGAAUGUAAACACUGUGGGAAAGCCUAUAGCUAUCCCAGCUCCCUUAAAGGACACAUGAAAAUGCACACUGGAAACACACCUUACCAAUGUAAGGAAUGUGGGAAAGCAUUCACUUGCCUUAGUUUGUUACAAAGACAUGAAAGAACUCACACUGGCGAGAAACCCUAUGAAUGUAAACAAUGUGGUACUUUUGUCAUUUCUCAACAUGCUCUGUACCUUGUUAUUAGAGAAAUAAUGAUGUGA